UCACUUCCGUCCCCGUGCUGACGAUUUGGCUCUGCACCGGAAGUGGCUGUGCUGCAGAUGUUGGACUUAACUGAGCGUGCUUUCGUUCUUUCUCCCUUAUUUCCCGGGCUGGGUAUUUGCUUCGCACCAUGGCGCCCAAGGGCAAAGUGGGCACAAGAGGGAAGAAGCAGAUAUUUGAAGAGAACAGAGAAACCCUGAAGUUCUACUUGCGAAUCAUUCUGGGGGCUAAUGCUAUUUACUGUCUAGUGACUUUGGGAUUCUUCUACUCAUCUGCCUCAUUUUGGGCUUGGAUGGCCCUGGGAUUUAGCCUGGCAGUCUAUGGGGCCAGCUACCACUCCAUGAGCUCAAUGGCACGGGCAGCCUUCUCAGAGGAUGGAGCCUUGAUGGAUGGUGGCAUGGACCUCAACAUGGAGCAGGGCAUGGCAGAACACUUGAAGGAUGUAAUCCUCCUGACAGCCAUAGUGCAGGUGAUCAGCUGCUUCUCCCUCUACUUUUGGUCCUUCUGGCUCCUGGCUCCAGGCCGUGCCCUUUACCUCCUGUGGGUGAAUGUACUGGGCCCAUGGUUCACAGCAGAAAGUGGUGCUCCAGCGCCAGAGCACAAUGAGAAAAGACAGCGCCGACAGGAACGGCGACAGAUGAAGCGGUUAUAGGCACUGACAUAGCGGCCACAAGCUUGCAAAGCACUGGAGCCUUGCCCCCAUACCGGGAGCAUGAACACCUACUCCAGAGCCCCAUCAC